UCUCGCCGGGGAGCCGAGGGCCGUGGCUGGGCUGGGAGCUGACCGGGCGCCAGCGCAGGCACUCCGGCGCGGCAGGAAGGAGCCCCAGUCGCUCGGGCGGGACCUCUGAGCAUCGGCCGGGUCACUCAAGACCUCUGAGUGACGGCUGAGACACUCAAGACUUGCGAGCGCUGGUCGGGUCACUUGAGUUUUCUUGAGUGCGAGUCAGGACACUCGAGGCAUUCGAGUGCUGGUGGGAUUGUUCAAGACAGUGCUGUUCGGGACAACGCGAGACCUUCAGUGUUGGUCGGGCCGCUCGUGACUUCGGGGUACUGGUUUGGUCUGUUACGACGUCCGACUUCUGACUAAUGAGCACAGCAAGCAGGCAGCACACAUCCUACUUCGGGGAUAUUUCAGCGCACAUCGGCCAGGAUGAGGGCCGGCCUGCUGUUGCUGCUGAGCCUGGCGGUGGCCUCUGGCCUCGUGGCCGAGCCCCCCACCGUACCGCCAGCUGCUGCGAAAGGUGGCCGCCAGCCAGGAGCUGCGCCAGUAUAUGCGCCAGGACCCCAGAGGGAGCCAGUCGAGCCCACCGAUCGGUGACGACCUCGACAAAACCACGCUGGAGCUGAUCCGGGAGCAGGGCUACCCGGCCGAAGAGCAUGACAUCACCACCGGCGACGGCUACAUCCUGACCGUGCACCGGAUCCCGCACGGCCGGGCGGGGCCGGGCGCCGAGCCGCGGCCCGUCGUCCACCUCCAGCACGGCCUGCUCUCCUCCAGCUCCGACUGGAUCAUGCAGCCGCCCGAGAGGGCGCUCGCCUACAUGCUGGCCGACCGCGGCUACGACGUCUGGCUUGGCAACGCCCGAGGCAACACGUACUCCCGCCAGCACGUCAACAUGACCAAGGACGACCCGGAGUUCUGGAAGUUCACGUGGGAUCAGAUGGGCCAGUACGACUGCCCGGCCAUGAUUGACUAUAUACUGCAGACGACUGGCCAGGACGACCUCUACUGGGUCGGACAUUCCAUGGGCACCACCAUGUUCUGGGUGAUGAUGAACGACCACCCCGAGUACAACGACAAGGUGCGCCUGAUGCAGGGGCUGGGGCCUGUGGCGCGUGUCGACCACAUGCACUCUGUCAUCAAACUGCUGGCGCCCUUCGCCAACGAGAUCGAGCCGCUGCUGCAGUGGUUCGGUCGGGGUGAGUUCUUACCAGCUGACAGUCACUGGAUGCACAUUGUGGAGAAGUACUUCUGCGACGAGACCAAAGUGGAGGAGAAGGUGUGCCGCAACGUGCUGUUUGCCAUCGGAGGCUAUGACCCGGGGCAGUUCAAUCUCACGGCGCUGCCUGUCAUCAUCGCCCACACGCCGGCAGGGGCAUCCACGCGAACUGUCGUGCACUAUGCCCAGGAGAUCAACGCAAAGGCCUUCGUGCACUUUGACUGGGGCAAGGAUGAGAACAUGCGCCGCUACGGUCAGGCCACACCGCCCGAGUACAGCCUGAACAAGGUCACCUGUCCGGUGUCGCUGUUCUGGUCCGACAACGACCUGCUGGCCGACCCGCAGGACGUGACGUGGCUGGCGGAAGAGCUGCCCAACAUUGUGGAGAAGUACCGCGUGCCUCUGGCCUCGUUCUCGCACCUGGACUACCUGUGGGCCAUCGACGGCGACACGCUGGUGUACGAUCACCUGAUCGAGAACCUGCAGAAGUACUGACCGCUCACCCACCCGGACCGGCCGGCUGGCUCCGGGCUGGCAGUGCAGGCCGGCCGUGCUUCGUGGAACAGCCUUUGACCGGACCGUGCAACCCCGACCGCGCCUGGCGCUGUGCACACAGGGCUCGCUCGUGGCUGUGGCGCCGUGCGUCGAGGGCCGGGCUUUGCCGAUGGUAGAGCUGAGUGACACACUGGUGCUGAAGCAGCGCUGUUGAGAGUCGCCGCAUUUGGAGGCAGGUGUCGGGAAUGGCACGCGUCUCAUCCGGUCACCGAAGCGUUCUGCGCGGCGGUGUCACAAAUACAUGCACUUACCCACCGUG